CGCUAGUUUCCAGAAGCUCAAUUCAUCUCAGCCCAGCAGAACCAGGAAGUUGAGCGAAUGACUGGUGCAUGUGCAUGAGAGAUAUUCCGCCAAUGGCAGACUCGAUCCCACGCGACAGACGGCGAAAGGCUCACCGUAAAGUAAAGACUGGAUGCAAAGCGUGCAAGGCCCGCAGACAGAAGUGUGACGAGAGGAGGCCGAUAUGCUCCGGCUGUACCAGGCAUUCAACGGAAUGUUUGUAUCUAUCCGCUGAGUGCAUUGUCCGGAGACAAGUACUCGAAACAGCAUAUCUACAGCCAAUUGCGCGUGUGCCAGACACGACGGCUAGUUAUCUUACACCUCCGACUCGAGACUUGAACCUUUCGGACCUGGAACUCUUGCAUCAGUACCUGACGUCCACAUGCAAAGCGACCUCGCAGCUGCCCGAGGUCACGACUCAUAUCCAGACGACGAUUCCUCACCUAGCUCAAAACUACCCAUUUCUGAUGCGCGGCAUUCUUGCCGAAGCAGCUAUUCAUCUGUCCUGGUUACAUCCACGUCGGAAAAGCCAUUACGCCGCACUGGCAUCGAAUCAUCAUCGGCUUGGUCUGCCAGAUUUUAGGGCAGCACUACAGACUAUAGACACGGACAAUUGCGAUGCAUUGAUGGCCUAUUCCAAAGGCCUGGUAUGGUGCGCAUUUGCCUGGCAUGAGUCGUUUUCCGCAGACGUGCAGGCGGUCUCCCCUGUUGGGGUCAUCAGCUGGCUGCCUCAGUGGUUCAACCUCCUUCGUGGAUCUUGCCUCAUUGUUGAAUCGUGCAGACGUUGGUCUACGAACUGCCUAUACGCUUUACCGCCACAGCUCGACGACAUGACUGAGUUUUUCAACAGCACAGACGGCUGCAAAAUAUCUGCAUUAAGAAUACAGUUGACUUACAAAGCGCAUUCUCCGGCCUGCGAGGCUCUUCUAUCCACUCUCCAAUAUUCCUUCGCACUAGCCUCUAUGAGGCAUCACAACACCCCUUUACGGAAUGCCAUCAAUAAUUGGAUGAGCGCUUUACCUAAUGAUUACGUUUCGCUACUUCAAAAGGAAGAGCCGUGGGCUCUUGUCCUGCUGGCUCAUUUCUGUAUCCUAAUUCACCGGUCCGAAACACGCUGGUUUAUGAAGGGUCACGGAUCGCGACUCCUCCAGUCAACAAUUGGACGUCUCGAUAAUCAGUGGAAAGAUUACGUCCAGUGGCCACUUGAAGAAAUUGGGGUGUGUGGACUAUAUCAGCAAGGGGCCCAUACUAUUCAGUCAAUAUAUCUCUUCCAUCGAAUCAAUGACGAUUUGGCGCUCCCUGCUGCGGUAGAGAAGAGGCGGCGGAAAAGGCAGAACCAAGCUCGGCGACGGUACUUUCAUGUAUCAAGUCGUAAGGUAAACUUGAUAGGUUACUCAGACAAUCUUACAAUUCAGUAUUUGGAAACAACGGAUGGACCGACCCAUGAUUACCGACGGCGAGCCAUUGAGUCAUGA